UGGGGAAGCGACGUGGUGUGUUUUAAGUUGUUUUUGAUAUAUUUUUAACUGUAAUGAAUAAUGUAAAGAUUACCAACACCAAACUAUUUACAAAAGUAUGUUUUUGAUUGAAGUGAUUUUAUUUACUUAUUAUGGCUUCUGGAAAUCCUCGACGAAUUGUGUUUUUAAUUGACCAGGCUUCUUUAAGCCUACAACAUCAUGAACAACAGCCCGAGUUAGUGGAAGAGCAGGAAUCUUCUACAAGUAGAAGUACGAGAAGAACAGAAUCGUUUCAAAGAGACUACUUUGCUAUACACGGUAUACAGCAUGCGUGUUUAAAGCUGUUAACGUUUCUUGGAAGAUCUAACUUUAAUGGUUCUUUUUCGUGGGGUUAUAAGUUUUUCAACAGUCGUGGUUUUCCGGUUAAACAAACAGAAAAACGGGGAUUUAGACAUUUUUCAGUUGACACAGUUAAUGAAUUCAGGUGUGCUGUGGAAUCUAAUAUAAUAAAAUAUGAUAUUGAUAUAAUGUGUAAAGAGGAAGGCAUAGCACAUUCGGAAAAUAUUUCCAGUCAAAAUUUCAGUGUAGUUGGAAAAACGACAGCAAGUUUUCUACAUUAUGCUUUAAAAAAUGUUUUGUGUGAUUUCCAGUGGGACACACCUGAUAUAAUAUCUCCUGUAAAAAAUAAGGGAAACAGACAGUAUUGUGCAGAAAGAUUCAGCUCAGAUGACUGUCAGAAAAACAACUAUAUAUUUGUAAUAUCAUUGUGUCCUUUGUCAGUUCAAGAUGUACAGCAUUUCUGUGGACAAAAAUUACAGGAAUCUUCUGGGCCUAGAAAGUUAUUAGAUUGUUUUUUACCCAAAGCUUUAUUUUCUGUUCUACGUAAUGAGGCAAAAGUCAGACUUUUUUGGUAGACACUUCAGUAUUGCUCUUUGAGAAAGAAUUGUCAGCAAAAGAAAAUUAUGAGGAUGAUCUAUCAUUUGGAGUUAAUUUGAUGCAUAAGUCUCUAUCAUUUGUGGAUGGUGGUGUAAUUCCUCUUCAGGCUCUGUGUCCAUCUUCCCACCUCCAUCCUGCCUGCAAUGUUUAUAACCAGCCUAUCUGUGGGGAUGAAGCAGAAGAUAAAAAAUAUUGCAAUCCACUUUGCAGUCUAAUUCUUCCUGUAACAACAGUUGGAGCUUUUUACAUAGACAGAGACAAGGAUCAAAGAGGGCAACAAAACAAUGCUGCCAAAUCCAAAACUGUUUCACUUAUUUUAAGUUGUGGAUCACAAAAGCCAUUGUUUUGGAAGUUAAAUGUUGUGAAACAAGAACACAUGAACACCAGACAUUCUGAACUUCCUAAGAAGGAAUAUGUGUGCAUAAAUACAAAAGAUGCUGGUCUUCAACCAGAAUUCAACAUGGGGACCCAGAGAUCUUAUCUUUGUACCACUGACCCCUUCCAGUGGGACACUGUCAUGGUAACUAGACUGCUACCAAGAAAUACCAAACUUUUAUUGUCAGUUGGAAACUACAUCUUCUUAUGUUACCCUGUUGCUGGCUGUUCAACAGAGCAACAGACAAGUUUCUCUGCAUUGAUGGUUGAGCUAACAACAUGUGAACAAGCACUGCUUGUAGAAUGCACUGAAGAGUCGGACAACAGGGUGUCUGUGUGUGGUGUUUUGUGUCCUCUGACCUCUUCAUCAGCCACAUUGAGUAUUUUGUCACCAGUGGACAUUCACACAGUGAAAGAACAACCUUGUAGCAUCCUUGCUAAACAAGAAGAAAGUUUACCCCAGUUUGUAAGUCGAUGUACAAAAGCUGUUCUACAAAGUCUUCUCCCUAACUAUGAAUCCCAGGAAGGUAACUCAACAUCUGAUUGUUUCAUGUGUAAUGUGAUAACAGAGUUAAAGCUGUAUACAAUCUAUGGUUGAGCAGUGUUAUGGUUUU